AGCUUUCCGAUCUAGAGACCCCUUCUGAGUUAAUACUGAUGUCCAAAGGUACCUGUUGAUCUCACCCAAACUUUAGGUAGGCCAACAAGGUUACCUUUGCUCCUUUGUUCUCUAACGCCAUCAUUCACUGGGGUCAGAAACUCCUUUCUUGCUCAAGCUCCACGCCGCCGUCAUCAUGAAACACGAAUCAUCUACUGUCGACCCCUUAAAGACUCGUCUCGCUGCUUUGGUCCAGCUCUGGCUCAUCAAAGGAGUAAUGCUCUACUGAUAGGCCACUCAAUGUAGUCUCUGUUUGACAUCUAACGCUCACCUUCUGACCAGAAAACACUCUGGCAUUUCACUCCCGCUUCUAUCGCUAUCAUGCAGCAGGGUCUCUCCGUCCUGCCCGAUAUGAAAGCUCCAAAGUCCCCUCGGAGACUGUUUGCGUCUUUCACUCCGACCAAACUCUUCCACCACUUUGACACUGCGCCACCGGUUCCCUGUCUUCCAGUCACAAUCCCCUCGUCAGACACCUUUGAUCCAACCUCUCCUCCACUAUCACACUAUCGGAAAGGCCAUACACCGACGCUUAGCCAGUCUUCCAGUACAAGCAGUCUAGGCAAUGGUGCUCAAAUAGUCAAGACGCCUCUAGAUGCAAUGCGGGACCUACGACCACCCCUGCGAAACAAGACUUCGAGCAAAAGUCUUGCUCAGAUCUCCCACUCUCAGUCGAGGUGGUCGCAGUCGUCAUCGGAAGACCCGAGCCCUUCCGACAGGCGGCAAACUCUCAAGGCAAAGUUGAGCCUUCACUCGAUGAGUACAAAGGCCUCAACCCCGAAAUUACCCGAGUUGAAACAUCUCCGAUCGCAGCCUAGCCUUGGCGGAUGGUAUCCACAAGGCAUGGAGCCUUUCGACUCUCCGGAUCGGAGGUCUGAUGCAGUCGGACCAGCCACAGGAUUUGAGAACCGCCGACAGAGCCAGUGUUUCUCGGAGAAGCAGAUGAGAGAUGCUAGACGGUCCACAGUCAAGCCUCCUCGACGUUCACCAUCUACGCCUUUCAAAGCGAGUCUCAUCUCCAAGUUUGUCCGACCAGCUCCUACGGCAAAGUCUGAGAUACUGAUCACGCUCCAAUUUGGAUUCUCGAGCAUGCCGCCGAGAAACACUCAUGUGACGCUACCGUGGCAUAUCUUGAGGGAAGCCGGAGGCCAACUGGCGGAGUUUGUUUCGGACUAUGUGGACACCCGGAGAGAAAGUGGCAUGUCCGAUAAGCCAAGUAUGACGGAUGGCAGUAGUGCUUCAGAGAGCGAUCUGGAAUCGGAGUUUGAUUUAGAUACCCUCUUGAGGGACGAGUACAUGAAGUCAAUCUACAUGUCACCGUCUCAAGCUCAUUUCAUGGAUCUUCCUCUGCCUCUAUCUGUCAAUCGUCAAAUGUCAGAAUACGAGUUCCCUCCGCUGCCACCUCUGCCGAAUCUCCCUCCCGACCUGGCAAAGAAGCUCUCUCAGAGCCGUCCGACCCCAAAAAUAGUCACGCUCCCAGGAGAGAAAAAGAGAGCUGUCAAGAAUCAGUACACUCAGCUCGACCCUUACCCAUCACCUUCAUCCGCCCUAUUGUCUCCCCAAACGUCCCUUGGCGCAAGACGAAAGGGACAGAAUCUCAAAAUCGAAGCGAAGCUUCUGGACGGCGGUGGCACGAUCACUCAAUUGACCGUAUUGUUGAUGCGCGAUGCCAAUGUAUACCAUUUGCUCGUGGCGAGAUUAGUGGGGGGCACAUUCGAGGCGUCAGACGAGCAGAGAGAAGCGCUCGAGGUCGAAUGCAGAUGGCUCGGAAUGAUUGGACUGGCAGACGAGAUUGGAUGGAGGAGGGAGAGAUCCAUGGUCCGUAGAGGCGGUGAAGGGUACAUAUGAAUGAAUGCAGAAAUGCCAGGGUGG